UAGUCAGCAACAGUAACUGAUUGUAAUAAUGAGCGGAAGAGGCAAAACCGGUGGAAAGGCUCGUGCCAAGGCCAAGACUCGCUCUUCCAGGGCGGGACUGCAGUUCCCCGUCGGCCGUGUUCACAGACUUCUCCGCAAAGGCAACUAUGCCCAGCGCGUCGGUGCCGGAGCUCCGGUGUAUUUGGCCGCUGUGCUCGAGUAUCUGACCGCUGAGAUCCUGGAGUUGGCUGGAAACGCCGCUCGGGACAACAAGAAGACCCGCAUCAUCCCUCGACACCUGCAGCUGGCGGUGCGCAAUGACGAGGAGCUCAACAAGCUUCUGGGUGGCGUGACCAUCGCUCAGGGUGGUGUGUUGCCCAACAUCCAGGCCGUGCUGCUGCCCAAGAAGACCGAGAAGCCCGCGAAGGGAAAGUAAACUGACGGAAGUUUCUCUUCAAACCAAAGGCUCUUUUAAGAGCCACCCAUUUUCUCCCCGAGAGAGUACUUUCAUUUGUCUCUUUUAUUUCAGUUACUUUUCAA